UGGCUCGCAGCUGCACUCAUUCAAUGAAAGUCAACGUCAGUCUAUCGGGCUGAGAGGGGAUAGCAGCGGCUAAGGAGACCUGCACGGGAAAGUUAGCUUAGACUGUGGAGUGUGGGCAACUGGUGACACUGUAACAACAGAGAAAGCCAAGCUUACACAUCGCAAAAGAUAGGUCGGAGGAAGUCGUGAAAAGGGAAGAGUCCUCGGACCGAGCAGUGGACGGCAAUGCAGCGGGUCACGGCACAGCUCGUCGCCUGGCUGCUCGCAGCGCUGCUGUCGCUGCUGGCGGAGCAGUGCUGGGCGGACGGCGGCGGCCCGAGCCUCUCUGAACGGGUCAUCUGGGCUGUAAACGCCGGAGGGGAGGCGCACAUAGACAUGCACGGUAUUCAUUUCAAAAAGGACCCCUUGGAAGGAAAAGUUGGGAAAGCAUCUGAUUACGGCGUGCGCCUGCCCAUACUGCGCUCAAGUCCAGAAGACCAGAUUCUCUACCAGACAGAGCGCUAUAAUGAGGACACAUUUGGAUAUGAAAUCCCCAUUCGUGAGGAGGGAGACUAUAUAUUAGUCAUGAAGUAUGCAGAGGUCUACUUUGCCCAGUCUCAGCAAAAGGUGUUUGAUGUCCGUCUGAAUGGCCAUGUGGUGGUGAAAGACCUGGACAUCUUUGAGCGCGUGGGUCACAGCACAGCUCACGAUGAGAUCGUGCCCUUUUCCAUCCGACGGGGCAAGCUUAGCGUGCAUGGAGAGGUGUCCACCUUCAACGGCAAGCUUAACGUGGAGUUUGUCAAAGGUUAUUAUGACAACCCCAAGAUCUGCGCUCUCUAUGUAAUGAAGGGGACGUCAGAGGAUGUACCAAAACUGCAGCCUCACCCUGGGUUGGAGAAGCGUGAAGAAGAGGAAGAGGAAGAGGAGGAUAGCGAGGGAGGCGAAGAAGGUGGGAAGAAGAGUGCCUCAGCAGCUCCCAAGUACCGGGUCCAGUCGGGCCCUCGAACACCAAACCCCUACGCAGCCGACAACAGCAGCCUUAUGUUCCCCAUCCUGGUUGCAUUCGGGGUGUUCAUCCCCACACUGUUCUGCCUUUGUCGGCUGUGAGAACUUGAGAUGGAGGGAACGACGGGAGGAUGAGUCGGACGGGAGACUGUGAAGAUAGAGACAGAGAAAGACAGGGAAGGGGUGGGGGGGUCAAAGUGACAACAGCGACACAGGUAAAAGCAUACAGACUGGAGGGAGCGCGAGGCUCACAGAAAAUCUUGACGAUCGAGGACAAAAAACAAACAGAGGAACAGUGAUUUUUGGAAAGCCAGCUGCAAGAUGAGGCACAAAACGCCUUCGUUGUUGAAUCAUUCACAUUGAGGAAAGGAAAAGGGGAUGUAGGAAGUGUGUGCUGCGCGCUUCUGUGUGAAUGUGUUUUACAUCCACCUCUGCUGACCCAUCUGAACAAUGUUAGUCAUUUCCACUCAAAAGACUGGGCAAGAUUUACAGAUGCCACUCUUCUAGGUGUGAAACCACGGGGAUGCUCAGGAGUGAUCGGUCUCAGCCCAUUUUGUAAACUAAAAGCAGUGUUUUGUACCGGAUGAAGCAAGGAAGCACAUUCUGUUGAACAGCCCUGCUCAGCAUUUGGUCAGAAAUGUGUUAACCUUGAAAUUGGAUGAAUUUUAUGUAAAUUGUGUUGCUUUGAAAUUGGCUAAUUGAAUAGAAAGCAUGACACAGAUGGUCAGUGGAUAAACGGUUGCCAUUUUCCUCAGCUCAUUACAUGUUUGCGUCUCUCCACUCCAGUGUAGUUAGUCCUAAGUUAAGUGCAGCCAUGCACAUGCCAUGAUUUGUUUUGAAGAGGCAAUUUUCUGUCAACCCUCUAGCUGCCAGGCGUACAUGCUUUCAUGCUGUCUAAAAGUUAAAGCUUGGCUUGCCUUUGCACAAGCACAGGUUGGGUUUCACAGUUCUGUUGUGCUAUGUGGAAAUAUAUGAAACAAUUCUAUGGGAUCAUCCCAUCCAGUGCUGAAGUCAGGACCAAGUCAACAGUGAUCCAGACUAAUCCAGAGUCCAUUAGUUAGCACUUGUUGGAUUUCUGCGUGAGGCAGACACACUAUGAAUUAGAUUAAUUAGAAAUUGCAUGGCAAGACAGUUUUUUUUUUUUGUUUGUUUGUUUGUUUGUUUUGUAGUGCUAACCCGUGUUUGUUUUAGUUCAAGGUACCAUAAUUGCAGUUAGCAAGAGGCCACUCCAUUUGUGCUGUGAUUCUGUUGAAAUACUUUGCUAAAGCUCAAAUGAGUCUUUACAGAACGUUCACAGCACCAUAUGCUAUGUGAUCUUUGCCUUUUCCACUCAUUUUAUAAUUACACAUGCCUGCCUUUUUGUUUUCACCAAAGAAUGUUUUUAUUUUAUUAAAAAAAAAAACUUAGUGAUAACCUGUUUGAUUUUUGCUAAAGCCCUGAAAAGCAAAGGUUUUUGCAAAUGUAAUUCCAUGAUAUCUGUGUGGCAAGUGCUUGAGGUGGGUGUAUUUGCAUGUAUGCUCACUGAUAUGAGAAUCCGUUUAGAGAACCAGGGUGCUUUGCCAAAUUUAUUUGCCACUUAUAUAGUCAAUGGGGACAUUGGUGUGUAAUUGGUUUUCCUUGCUGUCCAUUAUGAAAUUACAUUUUAGAUUAAAAGUGCAGACCAUUUGAUGAGGCUGACAGCAGAAAACAGGAGCACAGGCCAGCUGAGAUUUUAAACAUCCAAACAGUUUGACUCAGUAUCAGUCUUUUCUUUUGUCUCAUACAUCAAAUGUCACCCCAGAGACCCUGUACUGGCACCAUGGACAUGACUUGUUUUUUUUGUUUUGUUUUUUUUCCACUUGCAGUGAGAUGAAAGAAAGCACAACUUCAGUUUCAUUAGAACAACAAAAGUUUACUGGAUGUUUCAAAUCAAACAUUGAAUUUCACACAAAGACCUUCUCCUUUUUUCCCAAAAUCUGUUGUCUUAAAACCUUUUCAUUGUUGACUGUAUGAUUUUUGUUUGAAUUCAGUGUGAACUUUCAGUGGAAAGUGGUUCAGUGCCAUUGAGUCCGUCACGGUCUUAAGUAGGUUGAGGAAAGUGUCACCAUGUACGCCUUUUUUCUUUUUCUUGUUUUAUUAUUUUGUUUUUGUCUAGUAGAAGAUUGUGCCCAUGUACCAUCGACUCUUCGACAUCGAUAUCCCUUUUGCUUUCCAUAGUGAACAGCAGCUUUGUCGAGCUGUUUCUCAAUCCCUCCUAUUUAUAUAUCUUGUUACCUCCGUUAAGUGCUUAGCUCUACUCCAAGAAGGACAGUUUUGUAAACUUUGCCUGUUUUUCUGAUGUGUCUUAACCGUCCCCCAGCCCCUAUGCUAGUCUUGCUGUUGCUACAUACAGCACUUGACAAACGGUUGAUAAUACAGGUGCUGUGGAUCCUUUCUCACUCCUUGAUACUCCCUUCCCAUGUUCAUCAUUAGCGGGCAAGAAAUGGUUGCUAGAAAAUGCUUGCUGGUCAGCUGAUGGCUGGUUUGUUUGAUUUGUUAAAUUGAAAAGUCGACUCAUUUUAAGACAUGUAAGCACCUUUUGUUCUCUGAAAAGAUGCAAAAAGAUCAUUUAAUUGAGCACCAAAGUCACCACCUUCUGUUCUUCUGCAAAUUAAGUCUACACAGAUGCGUGUGUAUAUAAGGUACAAAAAAAAAAAAAAAAAAAAAUCACACUUACUGUAGUGUGGCACCAGUUUAUGUUUUCAUCACUUUUGUGUUCUA